AAUCAGUGGUGGGGUGGGCCAAAGCUGUAGAGUGUGUGUGUGUGGGGGGGUCUCUCUGGCCAAUGGGGCUGCAGGAAAGCAGCUCUGUCAAUGACAUGGAAGUCCCCGCCCCGGGUGUAAAGCAGUCUGGCUCUCAGUGACAGCUCAGACAAUAUGCUUGUGAGACACACAGGAGGAGUAAAUUUUCACACACACUCAUGGUUGAGAUGGUUCACUGAAAAGUGACCCGCUGUGGACGGACUUAUUUCUCUGUGUGGACACUGAACACGACUGUUGAACAAACAUGAACAAACUUGCGAAAGCCCUGUACGACAACACCGCAGAGUGUGCAGAUGAACUGGCCUUCAGAAAAGGGGACAUUGUCAUGGUGAUGGAUCAAAAUGUGGCCGGCACCAGCGAAUGGUGGAUGUGCUCUCUUUAUGGACGGCAUGGUCUGGCCCCGGCGAAUAGACUGCAGCUUUUACCACCAACUGGAACCACUGCGGCCUCCAUAAGCCAUGUGUCAGAAAAACACAAAUUAAUUGAAGCUAAAACUGAUGACAAUGUGCAAAAUAUAUACCAGAUCCCGAGUGUACCCCGACCCUCCAGCAGCCCAGCUUAUGAACGCAUGGACAUGAUCUACAAAGUCCCAUCCACUCCUAUAUCAACUUCAAAAGGUCCAGUCCCAUCAGCACUUAUGCACAGCACCGAUGGACCUGAGGUAAAGCCUUCAUUCUUCAGCAUGGGGUCCAGUCCAAAAGGGGAGGUUUAUGAUGUCCCAAGCCAAGCAAGAAGAGCUUCUCUUUUCUCUACAACAACAACUCCAAGACAUAUGCCACGAACACACUCACUGCUUCCAAUUUCUGAGCUGGAGAAAAGAUUUGACUCUCCGGAGAGUGUAAGGUGUAGCAAUCCAGGAGACUGUUAUGUGUAUGCUGUUCCACCACCUUUGCCUCAGGACCCAAACUAUGAUAUCCCUGUUCCCUCAGCCACAGAAGCCCAACAGAAAAUGACUGGUGGAUACAACACCCUUCCCAACCCCUGCAAGCCUGAGUGGAUUUAUGAUGUACCAGUGGGUCCAGAGAAACAAAGUCCAACCCAAAGCUCCUAUGGUACCAUGCCCUCCAAAGCCAUUUGCAGGCAACUCUAUGAUACCCUUCCAGCACAUGCUUGGCCCAUUCAAAGAGGCAGUCCAACUCCCUCGCUUUAUGAUAUACCAAAACCCAGUCCACCAAAAGUGCUGCCAAGGGCCCCUAUUUAUGACAAGCCCCCAACUCAGAGGCUCACAGAGGAGUUAGUUUAUGCGGUUCCACCCCAGGAGGAAACCCUCCCCCGAGUUCUCAAUGAUCCCCCUAGCGACCAUAUACCCCUAGAGUGCAGGGGUGACCCAAAGAAUUCUCAAGAAUUCACAAGGGUGCGUCUUCAGCGAAUGAGGAACUUCCUGGCCUGUACAUCUUUCCGUGACCUUCCAGUAAGUGAAGAGUCACUUGUGCAGGACGAUGACGAGCGAGGUAGAGCCUUACGCCUCUCUGCAGCAGACAGUCAAAGAAUCAGCACAGCCUCCAGCUCCUCCACCAGCUCCUGUGACUCUCUGGCUCUGAGCUCCUCCUCUCCUGAGCCUCUGCGAGAAGUAACACUCAGCCAGGACGAGGUCUGCCGCAAACUUCUGGACCUGCAGGAGUCCAUUUGCAGGGCUGUGCCCCGUCUCAUGGAAUUUGUCAGCAGUCACUGGAGGAGCAAAGAACAUCUGGAGAAACACCUAAAGGAGAUCAAAGAAGCAGCAGAGGGCAUUGCCUGUUCUCUGACGUCCUUCCUGAACUUUGCCCUCGAUGUUAAGGGUAAUGCUCGCCGUUUGACAGAUGCCAACCUUCAGACAAGGCUCUAUAAACAGCUGUCUAUUGUAGAAGACUCUGGCGUGAUCCUACAACAAACAAUAAGUGCUCUGAGCAUGGCUGGCUGGCCCCUCAACACACUGUGUCAGGACCCAGGUCAGGUCCAAACACCUGACCAACUGGAGCGCUUUGUUAUGGUGGCACGCACUGUUCCAGAGGAUGUCAAGCGCCUGGUGUCUAUCAUUAAUGCUAAUGGAAAGCUUCUGUUCAAGGCCCCUCAGAAAGAUGCAGAGUCUUCCAACACCAUGGGUCAGCCAGAGACAAAGAAAAGUCCUGAUGGAAGUGAACAAGGGGAGGAUUUAGUGGAGGAUGACAAUGACUAUGUAGAGCUGCAGACUAAGAAUGACUUUGAAAAGCAGCAGAAGGAAGUGCAGAAAGAACCAAAGGAAAAAGCCACACCUGUCUCUAACAAGGUACAGGCUGAUAACAAGCGCCACUCCUCUGGGUCCGGCAGCAGCACAGAAUCUUCAUCAUCCUCACUGUCAGAGCAUUGCAAGCUCUACUUUGGUGCUCUCCAGAAGGCCAUCGGGGGAUUUGUGGGCAGUCUUCAAGACGGCCAGCCACCAGAAAAAUUCAUCUCGCAAAGUAAGCUGGUGAUCAUGGUGGGUCAGAGACUGGUGGACACCAUGUGCAGGGAGGCCCAACGUGGAGGGUCCAGCCAGAGCCUUCUGUGUAAGAGCAACCACUUGUGUGCUCUCCUGAAGCAGCUGGCUGUGGCCACCAAGAAGGCGGCACUGCACUUCCCGGACAGACAAGCUCUGCAUGAGGCUCAAGAGUUUGCAAAAGAACUGUCCCAAAGAGCACAGCACUUUCGGAUAUCGCUUGACCUCUGAGAGCACAAAUAUUGUGCAUUUUGAUUUGUUUGUACAGCAAAAGACAUUGGCUUAUUCUUCAGUCAUUUAUCGGUUUUCUUUUUCAUUCAUUUCAUAUUCAACUUUGUUCAAGCUUAACUAGCCAAUGGGAUGAGCAGAACAAUCUAAAUAUGGAGUGGUACUUGUAUUAAAAUAAAACACUUCAACACAGUGGAGUUUGGAAAUAAAUUGCACAUUUAGGAUACUGUAUUCAAGCCAAUUUUAAAAUGCAAUUUUAAAUAUAAAGUAUAAAUAUUUUUUUUUAUAUAUAUAUAAUUUACAAUGGUUUUAUAUUCUCUGAAUAUUGUUUGUUAUUGUUUAUGUAUUUUAUUACUUUAUUGUUUAAGAUGUAUACUCUCCAGGGUAGUAGUUUGAUACAGUCUACUUGUUGUGAAUAUCUAUGUAAAUAUUCUAAAAAAAAUGUGUUAUGCAUUCCCAAAGACUGAGUAUACAUGUUGGAUUUUUAUUGAUAUUAAAAUAAGAAACUAAAAA